AGUUCCACACACCUUUGUGCCGUUCUACAACUAUCGCAAUGUCGUUCACAACCAACAAGACUAUCGCCAUGUUCGGCGGCAAGCUUUUGAAGCUCACCCAUACCGCCAAAUCUACAAGCUGCGACAUGAAUGUAAAUCUGUACCUGCCGCCUCAAGCAUCCUCCAAAAAAGUUCCUGUCCUCUUCUGGCUCUCCGGUCUUACAUGCACACCCGACAACUGUACAGAGAAAGGCUUCCUACAACAUGCGGCAGCAAAGAAGGGCAUCGCCAUAGUGUAUCCCGACACUAGCCCUCGCGGCCUCAACAUUCCCGGCGAAGAUGAUGCAUAUGACUUCGGCUCUGCGGCCGGCUUCUUCAUCGAUGCAACCCAAGAGCCGUGGAACAAGGGCUAUAACAUGUACACAUACGUCACAAAAGAGCUACCGGAGGCACUAUGGUCGAGCUUCAAGGAGCUAGACUCUAGCAAAGUCAGUCUGACGGGCUUCAGCAUGGGUGGACAUGGUGCGCUGACAUUGUUCCUUCGCAACCCGACCGCCUACGUAUCCUGCUCCGCCUUCGCACCGAUCUCUAACCCCAGCGCCUGCCAAUGGGGCCAGAAAGCCUUCUCUGGCUACUUCGGCGAAGCCAACAAGUCCAAAUGGGCAGAGCACGAUGCCACCGAACUCGUCAAAAAACACAGAGGCCCCUUGGAGCUACUCAUAGAUGUCGGUACUGGCGACGGGUUCUAUAAAGAGGGACAGUUGCUGCCGGAAAACUUUUUGGCUGCGGCCAAGGAGAGCGGGAAUGACAAGGGGGUGCAGUUGAGGUUUCAGCCCGAGUAUGGGCACGAUCAUUUUUUCGUGGCGAGCUUUGCUGACGAACAUGUGGAGUGGCAUGCGAAGCGGCUGGGUGUUUACGAUAAUGCGGAUAAACAAAAGCUUUGA